UGAUCAGAACUAAGAAUCCAUGGGGCUCCCUCAUCACCAAGCACCGGAGAAAAAUCCUAUAAAUACGGUAAAUUUUAACUCUGUUCAUCAUCAUUUCCAUGGAUUCUCUCUUCUGUCCCAUUCUUCUUUCUCUUCUCUUUCUUUCCACUUCCUCCGCCGCAGUCCGUCAAGGUGCGCCGCAUUUCACCCAACAAGCCACCUCUCCUAAGCCCCAGAUCCAACAGGCCUGUAAGGCCACGCGUUUCCCAGAAACAUGUGAGGCCUUUCUCCGAGGAUCGGGUCAUGUCCCUCCGAACCCCAGUCCCGUCCAAAUCAUCCAAUCCGCCAUCUGGGUCUCUUCAGAAAAUCUCAAAACAGCGCAGUCGAUGGUGAAGUCGAUCCUGGACUCGUCCGCAGGGAACAAGAACAGGACGACGGCGGCGAAGAACUGCCUGGAGGACUUGCAUAACUCCGAGUACCGAAUCUCAUCGACGGCGAAGGCUCUGCCACUUGGGAGGAUCAAGGAUGCGAGGGCCUGGAUGAGCUCCGCCCUAGUCCACCAGUACAGUUGUUGGUCAGCCCUCAAGUACGCCAACGACACCCAGCAGGUGAACAGCACGAUGUCGUUUUUGAACUCCACCCUCAUUGUGAUGACCAGCAAUGGCCUAAGCAUGAUGGCUUCUUACGACAUCUUCGGGAACGAAACCGGGUCCUGGAGACCCCCCAAAACGGAGCGCGACGGCUUCUGGGAGGCCUCCGGUGGCGACCAAUCCAAGUUGGGGUUCAAACGCGGAGUUCCGACGGGUCUGAAGCCAAACGCGACGGUGUGUAAGGGAGGCGACGGGUGUUACAAGACGGUGCAGGAAGCGGUGAAUGCGGCACCGGACAACGACAGUAGCCGGAAGUUUGUGAUUAGGAUCCAGGAAGGGGUCUACGAGGAAACGGUCAGGGUGCCGUUGGAGAAAAAGAACGUGGUGUUCCUGGGAGAUGGUAUGGGCAAAACGGUAAUUACGGGCUCUUUGAAUGUGGGCCAACCUGGAAUUUCCACCUACAACUCUGCAACCGUCGGGGUUGCGGGCGAUGGGUUCAUGGCGAGUGGGCUCACAAUGGAGAACACGGCCGGCCCUGAUGAACACCAAGCCGUAGCUUUCAGAUCAGACAGCGAUUUAUCGGUAAUCGAAAACUGCGAAUUCAUAAGCAAUCAAGACACCCUCUACGUUUACUCCCUUCGCCAGUUCUACAAGUCAUGCCGCAUCCAAGGCAACGUGGACUUCAUCUUCGGCAACUCCGCUUCAAUCUUCCACGACUGCCUCAUCCUGGUCAGCCCCAGGCCACUCGAUCCCGAGAAAGGCGAAACAAAUGCUGUGACAGCCCAUGGAAGAACGGACCCUGCUCAGACCACAGGCCUGGUUUUCCAAAACUGUGUGGUAAAUGGCACCGAGGAGUACAUGAAAUUGUACCAUAGCAACCCCACGGUACACAAGAACUUCUUGGGGCGGCCAUGGAAGGAGUAUUCCAGGACUGUUUUCAUACAUUGUAACUUGGAAGUUCUUAUUACACCGCCAGGGUGGAUGCCAUGGAGUGGGGAUUUUGCAUUAGCGACACUUUAUUAUGGGGAAUUUGAGAAUAGGGGACUGGGUGCUAAUUUAUCUUCAAGAGUGGAAUGGAGUAGCCGAAUUCCGGCUAAGCAUGUUGGCACGUAUUCGUUGAAGAAUUUCAUUCAAGGUGAUGAGUGGAUUCCACAUAUUCUUGAUGAUGAGGCCACUGCAAUUAAUCACUGAUUUCGUCAGUUGUUCCUUCCCCUUUACCCUUUGGGAUUUUGCUUGCAAGCUUAGGAGUUUAGCGUGGAUCUCCUGACAACUAGUCAUUCCCCCAUAAUGCCCAUCAUUGAUUAUUUUUCAUGCUUCAAGGAGAAUUUCAAUGAGCCCGGAAGCUACUUUAGUAA